GAUAGUCAAUGGUGUCACCACUACGGACCGGCCGUCCCCAUAAGGUGUCCGAGAAGUUGGUAUUAGAUGAGUUGCGAAAAUGGGGUUGCAUGGGAAGCAGUGGGGAAGGCCUGGUCGAUAUUGGGGCCAACAUCGCCACACUCAGUGAUGGGCUAUUAGCUCAGCAACUACGUAGGAGCUUGGCUGCUGGGGUAAAGAGGAUCAUUGUCACCGGGACCAGUGUGAAAAGGUCUAAAUGGGCUGAGCAGCUGUGUCGUGAGAGAAUUAAAAAUGUCCCGUCUGGUGACCGGCCGAAGUUGUUCUUCACAGCUGGUGUUCAUCCUCACGAGGUGAAGAAUUGUGAUGAAACUACCAUUGCAGAACUACGACGGUUAGCAGCAUCUCCGUAUUGUGUGGCGAUCGGGGAAUGUGGGCUGGAUUAUGAUAGAAUGUUCUCCACACGAGAAGAGCAAUUGAAAUGGUUUGAUAGACAGGUAGCAUUAGCGUCCGAGUUGCACAUGCCGUUAUUCCUGCACGAGAGGGAUCGUGUGAAGGGUGGGGGGCCGCUGGGUUCAGACAAGGACUGUUUGCGUAUUUUAUCUAAGCACUCGAUCGACCCGAAACAGGCAGUAUUUCAUUGUUUUACGGGCACUCGGCAGAUUGCACAGGAGUACAUACAAAAGGGCUAUUGGAUUGGGCUAACUGGUUACGUGUGCAUGCGUGCAAGAGGUGCCUCGAUUCGAUCAAUGGUAUCUUGUGGGUAUCUGCCAUUAUCUCGGCUAAUGUUGGAGACGGAUUCACCGUAUAUGCGAGGUGAUGAUGAUUAUUAUGAAGUUGAGGGUCUAAAGGGGACUAAGAAGACAGAGCCAGCGGGGACGGUUGCUGUAGCGUACGCUGUGGCAGAGCUGUUGGGUGUGACCCCGGAGGAGGUCACAAAGCAGACGACGGAAAAUGUUCUCAAACUUUUCCCAAAAAUUUCACAAGUCGAUGCUGACGAGGAAGAGCAUCCUUCUGAUGACGAUGGUUUUUGGUAGUUUUUCCGUAUUGUUGUGUUGUUUUUUAUUCCUCCCUCCUCCUCGAACUGAAACCUGCUAUCACUGAUGCAAUUGGAAGUUACUG